AAGAGAAUAUGGAUGAGAGAGAGAACAUGGGCGAGAGAGAGAGAAUAAAAAGGGCGGGCCAUCUGAUGCUCUCUCGCCCGCCCCGUCUCACUGAUACCAUGAGUGUGCCCAGCAUGGCUCAAAGGAUGAGCACAAUGCAGCGGGGGUGGGGGGGGGGUGGGGAGGGUGCACAUGUGUGGUUGUAGCGAGGCCGAGUGUGAGGCGUGUGUUGUUAGCACAUUAGCCAAAUCACGGCUGUUAUCGUCUCUGCUCUUGACUCAGUGGCUGCUCGGCUCUAACGGGACCACCAGUGUUGUCUAAGGGGGGGUCUCUCUCUCCUCCGUGUGUUGUGUCAACGUUAUUUCCCUGUGUUAUCCUUUCUAACCUCAGCAUUAGCGACCAAAAGGGGAUCUGUCUCUGUCUCUCUCUCUGUCACUCUCUCUCUCUCUGUCUCUGUCGCUCUCUCUCUCUCUCUCUCUCUCUCUCUGUCUCUCUCUCUCUGUCUCUCUCUCUGUCUCUGUCGCUCUCUCUGUCUCUCUCUCUGUCUCUGCCGCUCUCUCUCUCUCUCUCUCUCUCUGUCUCUCUCUCUGUCUCUCUCUCUCUCUCUGUCUCUCUCUCUCUCUCUCUCUGUCUCUGUCGCUCUCUCUCUCUCUCUCUCUCUCUCUCUGUCUCUCUCUCUCUCUCUCUCUGUCUCUGUCGCUCUCUCUCUCUCUCUCUCUCUCUCUCUCUCUCUCUUUCUCUCUCUCUCUGUCUCUGUCGCUCUCUCUCUCUCUCUCUGUCGUUUUCUCUCUCUCUCUCUCUCUCUCUCUCUCUCUCUCUCUCUCUCUCUCUCUCUCUCUCGUCCCCUCGUUCACAACUCGUCCAUCAACUUCUUUAGGCAAGAACGUGUUUUGUGUCCAUAAAAAGUCAACAAGUUUACAAGCCCCUCCCCCUGUGUCUGUGGAUUGGCCGGGUCGGCCCGCCCUAGCCUUGUGUUGCCAUUGGUCCGUGGGUCCGCUCGACAGACGGACAGACCCUAACCCCCAUGUCCUCUCCUCUGUGCCCCCCCAGGAACAAGGCGUGGUCGGGAUGUCGCGGCCGCCCGGCGCAGUCCCGCCCCCUCACGCCGCCGGGGGCGUGGCCUCAGGGAUCGGACCCAACCAGGGGGCGGGGCCGCCGCCGGGUUACCUGGGCAACCCGCAGCAGGCGGCCAUGAUGAAGCAGAUGAUGGCCAUGGAGCAGGAUAAGAGGCUGCAGCUACACAUGAUGGAGCAGCAGAAGCAGCAGCUGCUUCGGGACCAGCGACAGCAGCUCCUGGCUGAGCAGCUUCAACAGCAGCAACAUCUUCCACGGCAGAUGGGUCAAGGCCAGAGGAAUCCUUACCCCCAAGUCAAUCAGUACCAAGGCACUCCUCAGGAGAUGGCCUCCAGGAACCAGACUCUUCAGAACAUCCGGGCUGCACGCCUGCUCCAGCAGCAGCAGCAGCAGCAGCAGCAGCAGCAGCAGCAGCAGCAGCAGAACCAGCAGCAGAUGGUUCAAAUGGGCUCUGUUCAGACCCAGGGGGGCUCGGUGGGACCCCAAUCCGAUAUGAGCCUCACGUACAGCGGGCAGGGCUCCAACCAGGCCUCCCUGUACGGUCUGAACCCUUCCAUGAACCAAAUGGUCCACCAGCAGCAGCAGCAGCAGCAGCAGCAGCAGCAGCAGCAGCAGCAGCAGCACCAGAGCCAAAGCGUCCAGGCCCCGAUGGGACUCCCGCCCCAGCACAACCCAGCUGGAGGGCCGCCAAGGCAGGCUGGGGCCGGCCCCGGGGUCGGGGCCAUGCCCGGAGGAGCCGGAGGCGGCGGCGGCGGCGCGUACGGGGGCCAGGGGAUGUUGAUGAACUCCAUGUCCCAACAGGCCCUCAAAGGGCCCCCCAACGCAAAGGCCCAGGCGCAGAGACUGCAAAGCAUGCUGGGAGUCGGAGGCGGGGGCGCCGGGGCUGGGAUGGGGCCAGGAGGCUGGCCCCAGCAGCAGGGGCAGGGGCUCCAGGCCAUGUCGGGCAGGACUACAGGCGGGGGUGGCGGGGACAUGGUGGGCUUUGGGGCCCCCCAGGGCUAUGUGAUGCAACAGGGUCAACCCCCGCCGCGCAUGCCGAAGCAACACUUCCAGGGCCCGGGCCAGGGGAUGCCCCAGGGUAUGGACCCCAGAGUGGGCCACCCCGCGGCGGGUAUGGGGGGCCCCAUGAUGGGCCCACACAUGGGCGGUCAGCCCAGGACUAACCAGACCCGGCCCAUGGUCAUGAACCAGGGGGUGAUGGGGCAGGGCAUGGCCGGGAUGGGGGGCUUCGGCCCGGGCCCUGGGGGGCCGGGCAUCGUGGGCGGAGGCGGAGGAGGCGGGCCUUACGGACCAGGGGGCGUGGGGGUGGGGGGGCCGCCUCAGGGCUACCAGAGGACAGCCAAUCAAGACAUGUCACCCUACGGAUACGUGGGCGGGCCCCCAGGGGGAGGAGCCUUCGGACUAGGGGACGGCUCAGGGGCGGAGCUUGACUCGAGUGACGGUUGGAUGGAGGAGUUCUUCCCCAACCAAUAGCCAACGGACUACGGGCUGCAUAUUUUCUACAGUACGGACUGAGAACACGACACAGACUUUUGGCUGGCAUGUAUAUUUUUGGGUUUGUUGUAGCGUGAAUGCGUUUAUGUGUGUGUCUGUGUGUGUGUAUGUGUGUGUGUGUGUGUGUGUGUGUGUGUGUGCGUGCGUGUGUGAGCAACACGGGUGUUUGUUUUGAGACCAAGCUGUAGAGACACAGAAUAGUAUUAGUGAAAAUCCAUCAUCCAUCCAUCAUCCAUCCAGAUUCAUGUAUCCACCAACUCUCUAACCUCCUAGCAGUCGAGUGUGAUGAUGCCAUUCAUGUGUUACAAAGUUUGCAGCAUCAACAGCCCCCCCGCGCCCUCAAAGGCCUCUGGAUCAAACAAGGGUUAAAAGGACAUUAAUAAUGAAGGGGAAGACGGACUGUUUCCGUGUGUCUUUGUGUGUGUGUGUGUGUGUGUGUGUCUGCGUGUAUGCGCACAUGUGUGUGUGUGUGUGUGUGUGUGUUUCCAUCUCCUCUCUGCAGCCCCACCCAGUGCUCGUCUUCAGACGUUUCAGUCCACCAUGUGAACGGCAGGGGAGUACAAUGGAGCAAUGAGAGAGAGAGAGAGAGAGAGAGAGAGAGAGAGAGGGAGGGAGGGAAAGGGAGCUAAGUGGAGGCGCUUUCUCUCCCCUCAUCCUCCUCCCAUCGCUCCUCCGAUUUCUCCCCCACCACCACCAUCACCCACUCCCCCCACCACCACCACCACCACCACCCACUGCUAUCUUGAGGGCCACUCUCUUGGCUGUCUACACUCCUCUCACUAGUUAAACUGUGAAAAAGCCCCCAAUACGAUAAGUAAUGUCCGACUACGGAGCCACACGGGCUCACUCUGCCCUCUAGUGCCAACGACCGGGAUAACCCAGCCAGGCACUCGUGUGUGCAAGUGUUUGUGUGUGUGCGUGUGUGUGUGUGUACCAAUGUGAAGAAACAAGUGUGUGUGUGUGUGUGUGUGUGUGUGUGUGUGUGCAUGUGUAAAUUUGAAGAAACAAGAGUGUGUGAUUGUGUGUUUGUAUGUGUAUGUGUGUAUCAAUGUGAAGAAACAAAUGUGUGUGUGUGUGUGUGUGUGCGUGUGUGUGUGCAAGCGUACCUUUGUGAAGAACGAUGUUUGAAUGCAUGCGAGUAUGUGUGUGUGCGUGCGGAGUACAUGUGUGGGCGCCCCUGGUGUGUGUGGACCCUUGUGAAGAGACACGGAGACAGGGAGAGAAUCGGCAGCUGUGGCGGGUACUUGGACGCCACACCAACCAGACGUCAGCCAGAGACGAAGAGCAUAUGUACCGGUCCGUGAGGCAGCUAACAGACACAUACUUCAGCUAACAGACGCAUACUUCAGCUAACAGACGCAUACUUCAGCUAACAGACUCUUCUACUUCUCACCAUUUGGUCGAUGCAGACACACACACACACACACACACACACACACACACACACACACACACACACACACACACACACACACACACACACACACACACACACACACACACACAUCUCUAUAUCUAUCUAUAUAGAUAUAUCAGAAUGAAACAUAAAACGGGAUGGCUGGAUUGAAUUGAAUGUAUUCAAACACCACAAGUGACUUUAUUUUAGUGAGAGAGAGAGAGAAAAAAAUAGAUUGACCUUAAAUAGGCCUGGCACUUUUUCUUUUUAUUUAAAUGUUUGCUCAGUUUACACAAUAUUUAGCCAACGCUAUUGAUGUCAUUUUCCGCUGACGGAGAGAAGGGAGUCGUAGUCCGGUUUUCAUUUCCAAGACAAGAACAUCCUCGCAAUCCCGUGCAGCCUUCCAUCCCACCGGGACCCAGAGCUUAUGCUCCCCCCCCCCCCCGACACCGUCCUGGGUUCCCUCAUACCGUAGCCAGAACCCCCCCCCCCUUUGCUUUUCAGCUCGAACAAAAAAAUCAAACAUUGUUUUUAUUGUAACACAACUGUGAAGAGAGACAAGCCGCCCUAAACCCAGCGCCUCGCCGGGAAAAUAAAAACUCUUCCAAGCUCUGGAAGUGUUUUUUUAUUUUCGUAGGCUUGACCAAACGGGGACAGGGACUUGGGCUGUGAUUGCAAACGAAAAAUUUAAAUAAGGACAACCCGGAAACACAGAGUGGGGAGUGUAAGUAAUACUCGGCCACGUGUGAAUCAGUGCUUCUAUCAGAAGGAGUGGCUCUUCAUAUCGUUUACCAACGAGAAACGUUGCUCAAUCUCCUAGCCUGUUUAAGGCCCCUGGAUGUCAGUCAGGCAUUGUCAUUCUGGCUUGACUUCAUGGUGCACUAAUCCAUCACAAACACACAAUGGACACUACACUCCUCCACAAUGAAUGACAUGUGAUUCAUGAGUAACGCAUUUGAAUGUGCUCAGCAUCGUAAGACCAGAAAGCAAGGUGGAUACCGUAAACAAGCCAAAAAGCCUUUUUUCCGUGUAAACUAAACCUUUUUGCUACCAUCUCAAAAAUACUUUUUUUUUCUCGUGGUUGUCGGCGUGGUGUAGUCCAGCCCUUUAAAUACAACUCUUCAUCCUGUAGUGUGUCCCCCGCGAGCAUUGCUACACAUGGUAGCGCCUAAGCCCCGGGGCCGAUUCCGGGUUCAUUUUGUCACGUCGUGGGCCAACCGGCUGUUCCUCGAGUGGUCCUGAGUCUCAAAUGGACGGUGAUGUUUUGUUUUUCUGCACAUAAGUGGUGAUGGUCCCCGCUUUCACAAGAAGAACAAGAGCGAACUCUGCUACAAGGAACCAUGUCCACCUGAUCUUCUGCCAUUUCAAUACCAGUCCGAGUCUGCCGACGAUGUGGGAGGUGCACCUCUGAACACCGUGUAGGACGGGUUAGACCGUAGCGUAGCUGCUGUAACAAGGGAGGCCAGGGGGGUAGAAACGCUUCUCGGUUAGGGGUUGAGGUCUCAAAAAGUCAUACUUUCUACUGGUUCUUGGCUGCUUCAGAGCAAGGGUUCGAGGACUGAAAAAGUAGAAGGAAAGAAAGAAAAGCUUUCUCCAAAUAUCAACCGGGACCAAGACCAAGUCAAAUGUAGACGACCUUUUAAUGAAACUGUUGUUGAUGUUCUCGUUUGGAUCUGUUCUGUUUGUCCUUGCGUUUUUUUUUUUUACUGGUGCUGACAUAUAUGUGAUUAUCAGAAAAAGUAUAUAAAAGAUGAUGGAUAUUUGUAAAUAUGUUUUUACAGGUUUAAAUACAGCAGAUAAUACAGUCUCUACUCUGUAAAGAAUUUAAUGUUUGUUGGAAAAAUAGAAAAAUAUUUUUAUUUUGAGACGUUUUUUUGUUUUUGUUUUUCACCUUUUAACCCAUCUGAGCUAUGCCAUUGCACUUCAGACAAUGUCUUACUACUAAUUUGUAUUGUAAUCCUCCCUCUUAUUUUUAUUUUCUCAUUUUUUUCUAGUUUCAGAUUGGACUCUGUUUUAAAGCAGUGCUUAUUUUUCUUUUUAUCCUGUACAGUUCUGGAGGAGUUCUGAAAUGUUAACAAAAAAGAGUUACAAAAAACGUUUUGGUUUUUCAAAAAAGAUACAAUAAAGAGAGAUUGUUCUCGCUGAUCAUAUUAAAUGAA